AUGUCCUUCAGUGGACGCACUCCUGAAUCUCUACUCCCUCGAUCUGACUCGAAGAACCCCGCUACCACAUGCAGAGGCAUAACAUCCACAGGUCGGCCGUGUCGAAGAGCCCUAGCCGCCUCCCCCAAGACGUCUCCGGCGCCAUCACCAAUGAGAGGUGUAGGUGUUCUCGCAGUGUUGGAUGAACAGAAUGCGGCUGCGUUCUACUGUUGGCAACACAAAGACCAAGCCGAAGAGUUGGCGGCUACUCAACAACCUAAAACAACUCUAUAUCCGCUGAAAGAGAAAUCAAGUAUCGACACCCUGGUCGAGAGGGUUGGGAUAUUAGAUUUGGACGAAAGUGUCCCGGAGCGGAAACGACAUCGCCGACGGCACGAACCACAUAACGACCGUCCGACGAGACGUGAGACUCUUCCGGCUAGAUGGUCAGAUAUGCAGAGCCCGAUCAUGAAAGUACCCGAGAAUAUGGUGUAUCGGAGCCACCAUACACGUCCACCCCCGCCGCCACCACCACCGAGGUCGAAUGUCAAGUUAUCCUGGGCAUGCUGCAUCCAAGCGGCGGACGACGACGACGAUGAUGGCUACCCACCUCCUCGAACGCGUCGACCUCAAGAAAGAAAUCGCCCUUCGAGGCCUCCUCACCCGUCAAGUGGUGGCAAUGGGUACGUAUACACGAGACCAUCGAUGCGGCCAGAACAACCAGCACCUGCACCUGCACGACCAAGUAUGACCCAACGACAGGACAUGCCCAGACCACUCCACAACCUCCAGUCAUCUGCUACAUCACCUCGUCCAACCCUCACUUCGUCUCUUCCGUCCAAGACACACUCCGAAACAGGAGCGUUGUUGUCUCUCAUUCCAUCCACGCUCUCUCCACAGACCACGUCCCUGCUGCUCACGGAGUUAUCGCGCCCGAUAUCCCCGGCGGACGAGACAGGGUACAUCUACAUAUUCUGGCUCACACCUACGUCUGAGACCUCGAAACCGGACGACGAGGCAGCAUCUUCUUUACUCGACGAUGACGACCACAACGCCGGUCCAUCCGCGCGCUCGACCCAAGCUCUCCAGCGAUACGCGUCCGUCCGCCGCCGCGGCCCGCAAGGCCGCGUGCGGCGCACGAUGAUGCUCAAGAUCGGACGGGCCGAGAACGUGCACCGCCGCAUGACGCAGUGGACGAAGCAGUGCGGUCAGAACAUAACGCUUGUUCGAUACUAUCCUUACACACCAGGCCGUGCCUCGCCUCAGGCUCCAAGCGCCGUUGCCGAUCCUCGAUCAAGUGGCCUCGGUCUCCGGCAGGGCCAAGGGGAGAGGGAGGCGGAUAACAGAAAGGUCCCACACGUCCACCGCGUCGAGCGCCUCAUCCAUCUUGAACUCGCGGAGAAGCGAGUCGUCAAGGCCGAGUGCGAGGCCUGUGGUCGCAUGCACCAGGAGUGGUUCGAGAUCGAGGCCACGAGGGCUGGGUUAAAGGGCGUAGACGAGGUGAUUAGACGCUGGGUCGGGUGGGCUGAAAGACAGGGACGAUAA